AUGACUAGAUCCUUUGCCGACGAGAAAAAGCCAUCAGCCAGCGCUGCCACCAGCAGCCUCGGCCCUCUCCUCCCGUCCUCGUCCUCUACAUCAUCGCCUCUUCAACCCGAUACUACCGUGUACGGCAGCUUCCCCCCUCCUCCUCCUCCCCUCUCUCCCUCCUCCUCUACUGGCGCGCAAAACAUGCGUGCUCUCGACGCGGACCUCGUAACGGCGACGGAGCGGCGCGACCUCCAGCGCGGGCUCCGCGAGCGCCACCUGUCCAUGCUCGGCAUCGCGGGGGCCAUUGGCACCGGCUUGUUUCUCGGUCUCGGCGGCGCCGUGCAGACGGGCGGUCCGCUCGGCGCGCUGCUCGGCUACGCGACCGUCGGGCUCGUCGUGUGCGCCGUGCAGUUUGCGCUCGGUGAGGUGUGCGCGCUGCUUCCCGUCACGGGCUCCUUUGUGCGCCACGCCGAGUUUCUGGUCGACCCGGCCUGGGGGUUCGCCGUCGGCUGGAACUUGGUCUACGGCAAUUUGCUCUCGAUUCCGUCCGAGAUUACCGCCAUUUGCGUGCUCUUUGAGUUUUGGACCGACGUCAACCCGUCCGUCUGGAUCGUCACCUUUAUCAUUCUCACCGUUGCCGUCGGCAUGUGCCUUGUCCGCGUCUUUGGCGAGGUCGAGUUCUUUUUCGCGCUGCUCAAGAUCUUGCUUGUCGUCUUCCUCGUCAUCCUCGGGCUCGUCAUCGACCUCGGCGGCGUUCCGGGGACCCCCGCCAUCUAUUUCCGCUACUGGAGCAAGCCCGGCCCCCUCGUCGAGUACAUUGCCUCGGGCAACUGGGGCAAGUUUCUCGGCUACUGGAGCGUCAUGACCUCUGCCGUCUUCUCCUUUGCCGGCGUCGAGUCCAUCGCCAUGGCCGGCGCCGAGACGCGCAACCCGCGCAAGGCCAUCCCCGCCGCCUGCAAGAACGUCUUUAUUCGCAUCGUGCUCUUCUACAUGCUCGCCAUCCUCAUCGUCGGCAUGCUCGUCGCCAGCGACGACCCGCGCCUCGACGGCGGCGACGGCUCCUCCGUCACCCAGAGCCCCUUUGUCAUUGCCGCCCAGGCCGCCCACCUACCCGCCGUCCCCUCCGUCGUCAACGCCGUCCUCAUCUCCUCGGCCUGGUCCUCGUCCAACCAGGCCCUGCUCUCGGGCACCCGCGUCCUCUACGCCCUCGCUCUGAAAAAGCAAGCCCCCGCCGUCUUCCUCCGCACCACCUCCUGGGGCGUCCCCUACGCCUGCGUCGCCCUCUUUUCCGUCUUCAUGCUCCUCAGCUUCAUGAGCCUCUCCAGCGGCGCCCUCACCGCAUUUUACUGGCUCAUUAGCCUCACCGCCGCCGGCGUCCUCGUCUCGUGGAUCUCCAUUCUCAUCAACCACAUCCGCCUGCGGCUGGCGCUGCGCGCGCAGGGCAUCCCCGCCAACCGCCUACCCUGGCACAAUGCCUGGACCCUCUACGCCUCGUGCUGGGCCCUCGGCAUGUGCAUCAUCAUCCUCUUGACGGCCGGCUUCAAGGUCUUUACAAAGGGAAAUUGGAGCCCCGAGUCCUUUGUCUCGUCGUACCUCGACAUACCGCUGGUGGCCGUGGCGUUUGUGACGUGGAAGCUGCUCAAGAAGACUAAAAUGGUCAAGUUGACCGAGAUUCCACUCCAUGCCGCACUGGAGCAGGCGGAGCAAAAGGAUGUUGACGACGAAGAGGAUGCAUAA